AUGUCGAUAGAUAUAAGCCAAUUUAAGGAGUCGAUAUCUGAAAAUUGCUCUAUAUAUGCAUUAACCUCGGGAGCUAUAGUUUUUCAAGAUUUUUAUAAUCUAUCGUGGUCCCAAAAUUACACUGAUUCUUUUCUUCCAGCAUAUUACUUAACUAACUGCAGUAUUGCAGACUUGAAGGAAAUAUCAUUACUUAAGAAUUUGCAUUCAUCUAAUCUCACUAAGUUGGAAUAUGGUAAUCAUUAUCAUACAUAUGACAAGACAGACAACGGUGAUUCAUUUGUCGCAUUGUUAUUCACUAUUAGUGGGACAUGUGUUGCAUGCUGGAUGCUAACAUUAUUGAUGUACUUAUCUCCAAAACAUAAGAGAAAGUCAUGGCUCACGCAGCUUGCUACCGUGUUUUAUUCUAUUUUGGCCACGGUAAUUUUGAGUAAUAUUACUGAUGCGAGUAAAUCGCAAUACUACGAGGAUUCGUUGAAUUUAAUAAAACUUCAUAGUCUGGUAUAUGUGAGUUGUUCAUAUAGAGUUAUGCUGGUGUUUUCCCAAUUAUUCACUUCUUUGGCGUGGCUACAAAUUGUUGCGCAUGUAUCCAAGUUGAAAUUUAAAUGGUAUAGUAUAUUCGUGAAUCUAAUAUUAAUCGUGGUUUACACGGUGGUGCAUUCAAUAUAUCAGGCAAAGUACAAUACUCACGAAUUGAUUUUCAAUAGCGGAUUGGACUCCCCUUAUCAGAGAUGGAGUUUUGUACUUUCUAUAUUGAAGCUUCUGAUAAUAAUAUGGUUGGGGGCCUCGAUCCUUUACUACACUACGGUGAUCAAGAAUCCUAGAAAGAUAUGCUACUCAAAAAAGCUUUUCCCAUUAGCGGUUUCCUCUCUAUCACUAUUUGUGAUACAUAUCGUGAUCAAUGUUCUUUUAAUAAGCUUAUUUUUGAAUGAUUGGCAAGUGAAGUCGUGGUUAUCUUUAAUAUCUUCCUUGAUAGAAAUUGGUAUGCUAACUGCAAUAUGGGAAUGGAUAUACGGUAUUGAAUUUUUGGAGAAGAGAUAUGAGAUAAUGGGCAUGCUUGGAAGAAGAAUAAGUUUGAACGAUGUGAUAAGUUUCAACCUGUACGGCAACCAUGAACUGCCCGAAAAACCUGACAAAAUUAGACAGCUAAUAGAUUUUUUAACGAGAAAAAUAUUCCGGAACAAAGAUUUCGACCAUAUGGCAUAUGAAGAAGAAGCGCACAAUAAAGACACCAUGGAAUCGCCCCCAGGACCCGAAUCUGGUCUUUUACUGUCCCAGAAUUUGGAUGGUGUGGACGCUGAAAUGCCGCAUGGUCAAGGCACAAACACUGACAAUAUAAACUAUAUGCAUAAUGAUGAGCAAAAUAACAUUAUUUCUGAACAAGACAGAGAUAUCAUCGAUAUUCACUCAAACCCAAGCUCUGGUAGCUAUGAAGAUGAAUAUAUUGAUGAUUACCAAUUCUCAGAUGACGAGCAUAAUGCUACAGCUUCGAAUACGGAUCAACGACUCUAUCAUUCUGAAAAUGGUCCACCCUCCUUCGUACCACUCCCUGGCUUCAGUCAUGAUGAUUAUUGGCCUGAUGAAAAGUAA